AUCAACAGAUAGGAAACAGGUGUGUGUAUGUUUCUCUAGACGGUAUAUUAACUCGGCUUUGAACUAGUCCACUCAGAACCGAUAACAGGACUCCUAAUAGCUACUGCAGAACAUGCUGUUUGUCUGGGUUUGCGUUUUUGUUUCUGCUUUCACCGGCCGCUUUGUAACCGGACAAUCUCCUCCUCCUCUGCCUCCCGGUAGCCCACAAGAAGUCCCGGUGAACCGCACUGAUGUUUUAGAAGCGGCGCAGUUUGCUGUGGUUGAAUUCAACAAAGCCAACACAGAAGACAUGUUUAAUUACGCAAUUCUGGACAUUACAUCGGCUCAAGUUCAGGUUGUCCAAGGUUUGAACUACUUCCUGGAAAUGCUCCUGGAACGUACAACGUGCAAGACCGGCAACACUGCUGCUAUCAAAGGCAACGCUGCUGCUAGCGACUGUGAUUCCAACUCUGAACCCAAGGCAAGUCCCAGAAAACUGCAAGAGAGGCAGGAACUCUGGCACUCUCUGACCAAGGGGAGUAAGACCACCAGCGUGCCAGUUGUUACCAUGACUGCUGCAAUUGUUAAUCCACCACCACCAUCACCUCUGCAGACCCAGGCCACGCCUCUAACUCAAGAUUCUGAUGCUUGCUUGGCCCGGGAACACAUUGCUUGUGAUGUGGAUGAGGUGCUGUGGCCAGACCGCAACAGAAGAGAGGACGCAGCAUAG